UCACGUACGCAUCCGAGGAUUGUGCUCAUUGAUUGCGAUAUUCGUGAUAACAUCCUCACGUUAACAACUCCCGAAAGCACGGCAAUCAAGAUCGAUCUUGAGAAAGUGGUAGAGGCGAACAAAACAAAUACUGUUAUAUUACACGGUAGCUUAACGCAGACAGGCUUUGACUGCGGCAAGGAAGUGGGCGAAUGGUUAGACAAAGUGCUUCAAAUGGAGAAUUUGAAUUCGCUUGAACUCAUCUACUUCAAAGAUGGCCUUUACACAGAGCGCUCAUGUCAACGACGAAUGCGAUGGUUCUGCGGGUGGGCACCGACACAAGACGAUGAAAUAGCGUUUGUGGACUUGGCAUCCUAUAUGGCAUUCAGUAAUGCAUCGCUGCAUGAACUGAAUUCACGUUACCCUGAGGACAGUGAAGUGCAGAUAACCACGCGUCAUUUUCGUCCAAGUAUCGUUGUGGAUGGAUGUCCAGCGUUUGAUGAGGAUCUUUGGAUGGAGUUGAAAAUUGGCAGUGCCACAUUCGAAAUCUAUAAACCAUGUGCGAGGGGUAUCCUCGUGACCGUUGACCCGUCAACAGGUGAAAAAGAUCCGGAUGUAGAGCCACUACAAAUGCUACGAGAAUAUCGCUUAGCACCAGAAGGGAAGAUGCGCUUGAUCUACAAGCAGAGUCCCAUAUUUGGUGUUAAUAUGGGUAUCAAUGAACCGGGUAUGAUAAGAGUUGGUGACGAAGUAUUUGCCAGAUACAAGGAUGAACCAUUUUGA